CCAAGCAUCUCUGAAGAAGCGUCACGCUCACCUUUUUCUGCGGUCAAAAACUCAAAACCUUGAGCCACCGGUACCGUUUUUCAAACCUUGAGCCCCUGUUCUUUGUCCUAUAAAUUUGAACCAUGGUUCCCAAUACGACUUCAAACUACUCGUCGUCUAUAUCUGCUGCUGCUACCCAAUGGACUCUCUCUACUCUUCUUCGUCUGCCAUCAUUUCUCUGAAGUCUCCAGGUUCGGAUUCAAGCUCUGUUUCUAGGAACUCGUUUACGUGUUUUUCCGGGUCGGGCCAUAAAGUCGGGUCGUCUGGUGUUGUCAUGGAUCGUAAGGCUAAGAUUGUGGAGGGGGACAAUGGCUACGUUCUUGAAGACGUGCCGCAUUUCUCUGAUUACAUUCCCAAUCUUCCGACUUACCCAAAUCCAUUGCAAGACAACCCUGCUUACUCUGUAGUCAAGCAGUACUUUGUUAAUAUGGAUGAUACUGUUGCCCAAAAGAUCAUUGGUCACAAGAAUAGUCCAAGGGGCAUCCAUUUUCGGCGUGCUGGACCACGUCAAAGAGUGUAUUUUGAGGCUGAGGAUGUUCAUGCGUGUAUUGUGACUUGUGGGGGUCUAUGCCCUGGACUCAACACUGUGAUUAGGGAGAUCGUAUGUGGUUUGCACCAUAUGUAUGGUGUAAAGAAAGUUUCAGGGAUAGUAGGAGGAUACAAGGGUUUCUAUUCUCGAAACAUAAUUCCUUUGACUCCAAAGAGUGUGAAUGAUAUCCACAAACGCGGUGGAACAAUCCUUGGGACAUCAAGGGGUGGCCAUGACAAAUCAAAGAUAGUUGAUAGCAUUAAAGAUCGAGGAAUCAAUCAGGUUUACAUAAUUGGAGGAGAUGGAACCCAGAAGGGAGCAUCUGUAAUAUAUGAGGAAAUCAAAAGACGUGGUCUCAAAGUAGUAGUUGCUGGAAUCCCCAAAACCAUUGAUAAUGACAUUCCGGUGAUUGACAAAUCCUUUGGCUUUGACUCUGCCGUUGAGGAGGCUCAACGUGCAAUUAAUGCAGCACAUGUUGAAUCUGAAAGCUUUGAGAAUUGUAUUGGUGUUGUGAAGGUGAUGGGUCGGUAUAGUGGGUUUAUUGCUAUGUAUGCAACGCUUGCAAGCCGAGAUGUAGACUGUUGCUUGAUUCCAGAAUCACCCUUUUAUCUUGAGGGUCCUGGUGGACUGUUUGAAUACAUAGAGAAACGACUCAAAGAAAAUGGGCACAUGGUUAUAGUCAUUGCUGAAGGUGCUGGCCAGGAGCUUCUAUCUGAAAGCAUAAGCUCUAUGGACAAACAGGAUGCUUCAGGAAACAAGCUCCUCCAAGAUGUUGGCCUAUGGAUUUCCCAGAAGAUCAAGGAUCACUUCUCGAAAAAAAGUAAAAUGGCGAUAAACCUCAAAUAUAUAGAUCCUACGUACAUGAUCCGAGCUAUUCCGAGCAACGGUUCUGAUAAUGUGUACUGCACACUUCUUGCUCAAAGUGCUGUCCAUGGAGCAAUGGCAGGCUACACAGGAUUUAUAGUAGGUCCUGUCAAUGGGAGACACUCUUAUAUACCCUUUCAUAGAAUAACCGAGGAGCAGCACCAGGUUGUGAUAACAGACCGAAUGUGGGCUCGGCUCCUAUCUUCCACACACCAACCAAGUUUCCUGAGUACUAAAGAUGUCAUUGAGGACAAGAGAGAUGAAGAAGUUCAACAGGAACAUUGUUCAGAUAACAACUUGGUGAACAAGGAAAUCAGUUAUACCUGUAAUUGACAUCAGUACUACAUAUACGGCUCCUUAAUUAGAUUGGCAAUCCCUUUAUUUUGGUGCAAUUGUCUACUUCUAUGUUGUUAGAAUCAAAAUGCAUAAGCAACUGUUUUGUUAUGAGAGGAGGCUCGAAUUCGGGUGGAUGUGGGAUAGAGUGUUUUACAGCUGAAGCUAGUAAGCUUUCACAAAUUUGUAAGAGAUUUUGUAUUUUUGUUGUCAGGCUAAUAAGAUCUGGCUGCUAGUUUUGGAAAAUAAUGUGAUUUCUAUGCUCCCAACCAAGUAUA